AGAGAGAGAGAGAGAGAGAGGGAGAGGGAGAGAGAGAAAGAGGUUUAACUGUGGGGAGAAAGUGAGGUUGUUCUCUGUUCAUCAUGGAUUUAUCACCUGGGGCUCUGAUCCUCUGCUCACUGUUAUGUUCAGUUGCUGGCCAGGCUCCUGUCGUCACAGUGGAGCCCCGGGUUGCCACAAUACGCCAGGGGGAGUCUGUCAGCUUCAGGUGCCAGGUGGGGAGCGGGGCACAGCCAGUCCAACUGGAGUGGAGGAGACUCAAUAACCAAGCGCUACCAGACAAUGCUAAGGUCGGUCCGGAUUCCUCUGUGCUGACUGUUGCUAACUCCCGAGCUGCUAACCAGGGCCAGUACCGAUGUGUGGCAGCCAACUCCGCAGGCCGCGGCGUCGCCACAGCCGUGCUGAACGUCAAACACGCUCCUAAAGUGCGGCUGACACCCACUGGGCCCCUGCAUGUCAGGAUUGGUGACCCUGUGUCAAUUGGGUGUCGUGCCACAGGCAGGCCAUGCCCCAAGCUGAAGUGGAUACGCCAAGGCUCCACCCUGCAGCUGGUGACCGCGGAAGCAGAUAAUGUCAACACCAUACAGUGGGCUGCGGUGCGUCCAGAGGACUCAGGAGUUUAUAUUUGCCAGGCUGAGAACAACGAAGGGGUGACAGAGAUCAAAGUUGAGGUCAUUGUUCAGGGGGGGCCGGGAUCACCAGUGGCCACAGUGAGCACCACAGAGAUGACGGUGGUGGAGGGACACACAGUCACAAUGGAGUGUCAGGCCAGUGGUUCCCCUCCUCCUGUCAUCACCUGGUCCAAGCUCCGAGCUCCGUUGCCAUGGAAACACACACUGGCUGGGGGGGUUUUGACGCUCACCAGCGUGGGGCGCCAAGACUCAGGACAAUACAUCUGCAACGCGACCAACAUCCAUGGCUACAGUCAGGCGUACACGCAGAUGGAGGUGGACACUCCUCCGUAUGCCACCUCCCUGCCUGACCAGGUGAGACUCCAGCCGGGGGACCCCCUGCGCCUGCAGUGCCUCGCCCACGGCUCUCACCCCAUGCAGUUUGUGUGGAGCAGGGAGGGCCGGGCCAGCCUUCCCCCGGGAGCAGUGGCCACAAAGGAUGGAAAUCUGCUGAUGGCCCACGUUAAACUGAGCGACGGCGGAACAUACAAAUGUGAGGUUACCAACCACAUCGGCUCCAGUGAAGCACUGGCCAAGGUCAUCGUAAAGGCUUAAUCCCCUACGGUCAAAUUGCCUGAUUCACAAACCAUCAAUUCAUUGCAAUUUCUACAUCCCUGGAUCCAUCACAUUGGAAAUGGUUUGAACACAGAAAUAUAUUUAUCGAUUCUGACACUUUGAUGAAUGAAGGUUGAAGACAGCAACACGGUUUAGACGUUUGGUAUUAUUGUGCAUAUCAGUUAAUUUUUUUUGUUUAUAAAAAAGGGAUGCUGUUGCCUUUGCUGCCUCUGCCACAUAUCAGUGAGCUUUUCUUUGGAAGCCUGUGUUGAUGUCAGACAUGCCAGUGUCUGUGGGAGUGUUUCUGCUGGAAUGCCCCCCCCCCCCCCCCCAUCCGUGCGUCUCCUUUCAUGGCAUCUGCUGAGUUUAUGAGGUUUCACUGUUCAAAUUUGAAAGGAGGCCCCAAGACAUACAAAAAUCUGAUAUAAUAGGAAAAUGUCUUUAUUGUGCCACUGAAUGCUAAAUCAAUUAAGUUGGAAAUAAUUUAUGAAACUGUUGUUUACAGUGUAUCCAAGUUAGGGGCUGUAAAUAAAAAUUAUUAAAGUAAGUCUUUAAAGGAAUGUCACCGGCACUCAAAUCUGUUUACUUAACUGCAAGUCUUCCCUUGCAAUUAGGUAAAUAAUUAUUAUGUUUUUAUCUGAAUGUGUUUUUUCUGUCGAUCACCACGAAACUUGGUAGAAAGAAGCGUUGGGGUUCAGGGAAGAACCAAUUACAUUUUGGUGUGGAUCUGGAUCAGGGGACGGAUCCAGCUAUUAUCAUUUCACUUUAUUUAAACACAAUUUCUCAGAGAACAAUUCAUGGAUCUUGAUAAAAUCUUGAUCUGGCAUAUUUAGGUGACUAUGAUCCAAUUUGGUGCAUAUUUGAUAACAAAUCCAGUGAAUUUAAAUUUGGUUUCAUAGGGGGACUAUUGGUCUCUUUGUAAUAUUCUAGUUACAAUGUACAGUGUGCACACCACUCAAUGCUAAACAUAAACGUUAUAUUAUAUAUAUCAUAUUGUAUUGGUAAAAUUGCUGUGACCCAUCAGGCUUAUUUUAAUUUAACCAUGUAAAUAAAUAACAAAAUCACUUGGA